UGAUUUCUAUUGACAAAUGUGUGUAUCUAACCGCACAGUGUAUCUAGGCGCGUUUAGAGCUGCAUCUGCUGCAAAAGUCAUAUUUGCAUAAUAAAGAAAUAUGCUCGGUGUCGUGUUGACCAUUUGGACACUGUACUCAACUCUGAUUAGUGCCACUGAACUGACCUUUAAAUUACCUGAUAGUGAGAAACAAUGUUUUUACCAGGAAUUAGAAGAGGGGGUCACGUUUCAUGUCGAUUAUCAAGUUAUUGCUGGUGGCAACUAUGAUAUUGACUGUUUUGUGACAGACCCAUUGAAUAAUGCCUUGUAUGAAGAACGCAGGAAGCAGUACGACAGCUUCACCCACACUACAGCCAUGAAGGGUGUUUAUGCAGUCUGCUUCAGCAACGAGUUUUCAACCUUCUCUCAUAAAACAGUGUAUCUAGACUUCCGAUCAGGCGAAGACGAUCAACUACCGCCUGGUAUAAACAAGCCAACAGCUCUUACACAGAUGGAGUCAACCUGCUUGUCCAUCCAUGAGAUUCUGAAAGUGGUGGCAGACUCCCAGACCAAGUACCGUCUUCGAGAAGCUCAGGACCGCAUCAGAGCUGAGGAACUAAAUGUACGUGUUUCUUAUUGGUCCCUCGGAGAGGCACUCAUUAUAUGUGUGGUCAGCAUUGGACAAGUUCUUAUGCUGAAGAGCUUCUUCAAGGAGAAGAAUACAACCAGAACAUAGCCUUCUUAUGACCACUCUCUAACAAUCCAGCCUUAACCUAACCUGUUGUAAUGAUCUGCUAUAACAAGGACAUACUGUAUUUCCAACAGAAUACAAAAGGAAAAAUUGGGUACUGGUGUUUACAUUUAAGAAAAAUAAAUGAGAAAUCAGUAUAAGCUUUACUGGAUGUAGUAAUUAAAAUUUUAUGGGUCUUUUAUAUAGAGAAUAGGGAAUUUUAUAAUAGAUUUAAUUUUGCACCUUUAGGUCAAAUUGCACUGCAAAAAAUAACGUCUUAGCAAGUGGAUCUACAUCAGAUGUAGUCGGGUUUAACUAGUAUUUCCUGUGAUUAGAUUAAAAUAAACAAAACUUAAGACUAUUAAGGCUAUUUCUGGUCAUUUUUGUCUUAUUUGAGUUGUUGUGAUGGAAGCUAAAAUUUCCAGAAAGAAGGAACAUCAUUUAACAUAAUAGGAUAAAAAUAAUUAGUUAAAAUUAAAUCAAGAAAUAGAAAAGGAAAUACUAGAUAAAUUUGACUGUAUUCUCACUUGGUAAAA